GUGCAGUGUUUUAGUGGCGAUGUUGGACUUUUUGUUUCCGCCUAUUACUAAAGAUUGAUUCGCUGGCUUUAGUGAUUUAUUGAUUCAUUUGAUUCGCUGCUAAAUUAAUUCAGUUACGCAGGCGAUUCACCUACCAAAUGAUUCGAAUCUUUGCAGAUUGAUUCACCGACACCGAUGAUUCUCGGUCAGAAUGAUUCAGUUACUCAAGAGUGUCAUCAGUUGUUUACUCUUCUCACAGCGUCUAGUUUAGGCAGCACUGUGUUUAGGUCAGCUGCGUACAGCAGCUUCCGACAUAACGUAUAUCGUAUAUUAAUGUGAUUGAUUAUUCAUUUAAUUCACAUUUUGGCUUAAGCCAUUUAUUAUUGUCUGGCCUGUUUUGAAUGGCUUUCAGUGCGUUAGCUUUCAGCUAGCGCUAACCUUCAGCGCUCCUCAAAUUCAACCGAUUCAGUUCGUCAGAAAACACAACAACACUCAAACAUGUCGUGUACGUGUGCUUCAGCAGCGAGACAACUCCUAAAUUCAGCUCAUAAAGGAAUAUCCGGCUCCAGAGUCCAGUUACUGUCACUGAGCCGCCCGGGGACUCUUGAGGUUCGCCUGGCACGCCGUGUCCCCGUGAGGUCAUUCUCCGAGACGGCUGUGUAUUUUGCUUCAAAAGAUGGAAUGAAAGAUGGAGAUGGUGGAAAGAAAUCUGUUGGUGAAGGAAGUGGAAAAAGAACCAGCUCUAGUAAUUCCGGCAAAGGAGGAAGUCAGCUGAGAUGCCCAAAAUGUGGAGAUCCAUGCACACAUGUAGAAACAUUUGUUUCAUCAACUCGCUUUGUGAAAUGUGAAAAAUGCCACCACUUUUUUGUGGUGCUUUCAGAAACUGACACUAAGAAAAGUUUGAGUAAAGACCCAGAGUCUGCAGCAGAAGCUGUGAAGUUGGCUUUCCAGCAGAAACCUCCUCCGCCACCUAAAAAGAUUUAUGCUUAUCUCGAUAAGUAUGUUGUGGGUCAGGAUCAUGCUAAGAAGGUUCUGUCGGUGGCCGUGUACAAUCAUUAUAAACGCAUCUACAACAACAUGCCGGCAGGUUCCAGACAGCAGCAGGUGGAGGUGGAGAAACAGGCCUCCCUCACUCCUCGAGAGCUAGAGCUAAGACGACGGGAGGAUGAAUACAGGUUUACAAAGCUGCUGCAGAUCGCAGGGAUCAGUCCUCAUGGAAACGCUCUGGGCGCCUCCAUGCAGCAGCAGCUGAACCAGCAAGCACCUCCAGAGAAGAGAGGAGGAGAAGUGCUGGACUCCACACACACCGACAUCAAACUAGAGAAGAGCAACAUAGUGCUUCUGGGCCCCACCGGCUCAGGGAAAACACUUCUGGCCCAAACACUGGCCAAAUGCCUGGAUGUUCCCUUUGCAAUCUGUGACUGCACCACCCUCACUCAGGCAGGGUAUGUGGGAGAAGACAUAGAGUCAGUCAUCGCAAAGCUACUGCAGGACGCCAACUACGUGAUCGAGAAAGCUCAACAAGGUAUCGUGUUUUUGGACGAAGUAGACAAGAUAGGUAGCGUUCCUGGGAUCCAUCAGUUAAGAGACGUGGGAGGAGAGGGAGUACAGCAGGGUUUGCUGAAGCUACUGGAAGGCACUAUUGUUAAUGUUCCUGAGAAGAACACAAGGAAGCUGAGAGGUGAAACUGUCCAAGUUGACACCACCAAUAUCCUGUUUGUAGCAUCUGGGGCAUUUAAUGGCCUUGAUCGAAUCAUCAGCAGGAGAAAGAAUGAGAAGUAUCUUGGGUUUGGAACACCGUCUAACAUGGGGAAAGGCCGAAGGGCGGCGGCGGCGGCUGACCUGGCAAACACCACAGGUGGAGAGGUGGACGCGGUAGCUGAGAUCGAGGAGAAGGACCGGCUUCUGAAACACGUGGAGGCCAGAGACCUCAUUGAAUUUGGCAUGAUCCCUGAGUUUGUGGGCCGUCUUCCUGUUGUGGUUCCACUGCACAGCCUAGAUGAAGAGACACUUGUGCGCAUCCUCACAGAGCCACGCAAUGCUGUUGUGCCUCAGUAUCAGGCUCUCUUCAGCAUGGACAAGUGUGAUCUCAACGUGACAACUGAUGCCCUGAGAGCGAUUGCCAGACUGGCUCUGGAACGUAAAACUGGAGCCCGAGGGCUUAGAUCCAUAAUGGAAAAACUGCUGCUAGAUCCCAUGUUUGAGGUGCCACAUUCGGAUAUUGUGGCCGUGGAAGUGAACAAGGAAGUGGUUCAAGGAAAAGCACCACCUCAGUACAUAAGAGCUCCAGCUAAAGACUCCUCUGAGGAGGAGUAUGACUCUGGAAUCGAAGAAGAUAACUGGACAAGACAGGCCGAUGCCGCCAAGAACUAAAAACUACAAACCUGGUUUAUAGUCAAAACAUUUCGUUAGCUGAUUGUUUGCCUCUUUGGUUCUCCUAAGGGUCCAUUUCUCACUGUAUGCUUGAGAUGAUUUAUUACUCGCUUUAGAAAAUCAUAUUGAACUGCUCCACCUCUACCCUCACUACCCCUCAGAAAUGCAAAGUCAACCAAAUUCUCCCCUGACACUUUCCUCGUAAAGAGAUUGUUAACAGUAUGUGAAAUGUAAAGAGAAUUUUAUUUUAUUCUUAUUAACUUGAUAAUGUAAGUGGUUUUAUGAAUUGUUUGAUUGGACACCAAACAGAUGGAAAGCGAGGAGGGCUUGUACCAGUGUAUGUUUGACUUCAGAUUUAUUAUGUUUUUCCUUGCCCUGCUUGGAAUAAAAUGACACAUUUGUGUUAAAUAGAGAUCCUUAUAAAGCUAUAUCUGAUCACUUUCAUAAAAGUCUCCCAGUAUGACUAUGGUAAAUCAAUUUUUGUAGCUGAACCACAUGUAUAAUAAUUAGAACCCCAUCUGAAUAUGUAUUUUAUUAAGGUCUGUUUCAUUUAAUAAGGUCUCUAAGCUAACUUUUUUUUUUUCCUUCAAUCAAUGCUAUGGGAUUUGUAAAUGUCAGUUUUGCUAGUACACUCAAGCUGCUAUCUGCAUUAUGAUAAGGGUAAAAAAAAAAAAAUCAGUAACUGACUGGAAUUGUAAUCUGAUCUGUGUUUUCUGUUGUUAUUCACAAAGUGGCCCAGUGAUGGGAAAUCUAUUCGUAUUGGUCAGAUUAAAACAAAUUGUAUACAAGUAAUUUUGGGGUUUUUUUUGAGAAAGUUGUGCAUCAGUAACUGCGGUAGUUACACAGUGGUGAAUUCCUGGUGUAAUUCAUUUUCAGUCGCUUCACAGAAAUUACUAUUUUUCCUUUCAAAUUGCAUUGUUACAGAAUGUAUGCAAGUUAAAUGCAAAGUGGGAAGGGGUUACUUCAUUUGUAUAGGGAGAGUAGAAACCAUGUAUGUUUUUGAUCCACACCCUUCAAGUCAAAGCAUAGAUGUACAAAACCAAUGUAUGUAGGAAUAAAAUGUAAAUAUUGUCACUGA